CCUUUUUUAAAUCAAAUUCCGUUUACAUUACAACUCCUUUCCUUCCACAACACUUCCUAAUCUUCUUUUUCUCUCUACUUUGAAAAAGCUUACAACUUUCUUCCAAAUCUUUCUUCUUAAACUUCUGGGUUUUUCUUUAUACGACCAAGCAAACGCCUCAUUGCUGUGUCGAAAGCACAAAACAAACGGAAAAAUUGAGCUCCCAAGAAGGAUUGGGAAACUUGACCAACGAAAAGAGGCGACUUUGAUGCUAAGUUAUUGUUGAUUGAAAGAUUCCCCCAUCUUGGGUUAUUAUUAGAGAAAAAAAGUUUCUCCUGGAAAGAUGAGGGAAAACUCUUGGUUUUUAAUUUGCAUGUGGGUUUUGUUAGUGGGGAAUUGUUUGGGGAGGUUUGUGGUGGAGAAGAACAGCUUGAAGGUGACUUCGCCGGAAUCAAUCAAAGGGGUUUAUGAGUGUGCGAUUGGGAAUUUUGGGGUUCCUCAGUAUGGGGGUACCUUGGUUGGCACGGUUGUUUAUCCUAAAGCUAAUCAAGGCGCUUGCAAGUCCUUCGAUGAUUUUGACAUCUCUUUCAAAUCAAAGCCUGGGGGAUUACCCACUUUUCUCCUUGUUGAUCGUGGAGAUUGUUUCUUCACCUUGAAGGCAUGGAAUGCUCAGAAAGCUGGAGCUGCUGCUAUUCUUGUUGCUGACAGCAAGGAUGAGCCCUUGAUUACCAUGGAUACCCCUGAAGAAGAAAAUGCUAAUGCUGAAUACCUGCAGAACAUCACCAUUCCAUCAGCCCUCAUCAGUAAAUCACUAGGGGACAGCCUCAAGAAGGCCCUUAACGGUGGGGAGAUGGUUAAUAUGAAUCUUGACUGGAGGGAGUCACUUCCUCAUCCUGAUGAACGGGUUGAGUAUGAGUUCUGGACAAAUAGCAACGAUGAGUGUGGGCCAAAGUGUGACAGCCAGAUAGAAUUUGUCAAGAACUUCAAAGGAGCUGCUCAAAUACUUGAGCAGAAGGGCUACACUAUGUUCACCCCCCACUAUAUAACUUGGUAUUGCCCUGAAGCUUUUAUUUUGAGCAAACAGUGCAAGUCACAGUGUAUCAAUCAUGGGAGGUACUGUGCUCCAGAUCCUGAGCAAGACUUCAGUAAAGGUUAUGAUGGUAAAGAUGUGGUGGUUCAAAAUCUUCGCCAAGCUUGCCUGUUCAAAGUUGCCAAUGAAAGUGGAAAGCCAUGGCUUUGGUGGGAUUAUGUUACGGACUUUGCUAUCCGCUGCCCGAUGAAAGAGAAGAAAUAUAACAAGGAGUGUGCAGAUAAAGUUAUCCAAGCCCUUGGUGUUGAUCUCAAUAAAGUAGACAACUGUAUUGGAGACACUGAAGCUGAUGUGGACAACCCAGUGCUGAAAGCUGAGCAAGAUGCACAGAUUGGAAAAGGCUCCCGUGGAGAUGUAACUAUACUGCCAACUCUUGUGAUAAACAACAGACAGUAUAGAGGGAAGUUGGACAGAGGAGCUGUUCUCAAGGCAAUUUGUGCUGGUUUUCAAGAGACCACAGAGCCAGCAAUUUGUUUAACUGAAGAUAUACAAACUAACGAGUGCUUAGAAAACAAUGGUGGUUGCUGGCAGGACAAGAGUGCCAACAUAACUGCAUGCAGGGAUACCUUCCGGGGAAGAGUGUGCGAAUGCCCGUUAGUUAAUGGUGUGAAGUUUUCUGGAGAUGGUUAUACGCAUUGUGAAGCUUCUGCGGCUUUACGCUGCGAAAUCAACAAUGGAGGAUGUUGGAGAGAAACACAGGAAGGAAGGACAUACUCUGCUUGUAUUGAUGAUCAUUCACAUGGUUGCAAGUGCCCAUACGGAUUCAGGGGUGAUGGAGUCAAGAGCUGUGAAGAUGUUGAUGAGUGCAAGGAGAAGCUGGCCUGCCAAUGUCCUGGUUGCAAAUGCAGAAAUACCUGGGGCAGUUAUGAGUGCAGCUGUAGUGGUGGUUCGUUGUACAUGCGAGAGCAUGACACAUGUAUCAGUAAGAAUGUUAAAACAGAGGUAAGCUGGGGCUCUGUUUGGGUAAUCAUUCUUGGAUUGGUUGCUGCUGGAGCUGGAGGGUAUGCCAUUUACAAAUACAGAAUCCGGAGAUACAUGGAUUCAGAGAUUCGGGCUAUAAUGGCACAAUACAUGCCAUUGGAUAAUCAACCAAACAACGUUCAUCAUCCAGACAUUUGAAGUGCCUCUUCUGAUUGGGUUGGUUAUAUAUUAGUAGGUUUUAUAUUUUUGGGUCACGUAACUUAUUUGGCUUCUCUUCGACAUUGUAAUUCUAAAUAAAGAACAAUUUUCAUAAUUAUGUGGCUUUUACAUUUA